AUGGCGGGUGCUGUUGUCUUCAUCAUUCUUUUCGCCGGCACAACACUCUUUCAUAUCUACCAGAUGGUCCGAACCCGAACUUGGUUCUUUCUCCCUUUUGUGAUUGGCGGCAUAUUCGAGGUACUCGGAUAUAUUGGGCGCGCCAUGUCCAGUCGGGAAUCCCCGAAUUGGACCUUGGGACCAUAUCUCAUCCAAACCUUAUUCCUGCUCCUUGCGCCAGCCUUGCUCGCCGCUUCGAUAUACAUGUUCCUCGGACGAAUAAUAUUAGUUCUACGGGCAGAGUCGCACGCAAUCAUGAGAAAAAAAUGGUUAACUAAAGUCUUUGUGACGGGCGACGUGCUGUCUUUCCUCCUGCAAGGCUCUGGCGGAGGUAUCCAAAGCGGCGGCACCCUUGACAGCAUGAAGCUAGGAGAGAAAAUCAUCGUCAUCGGACUUUUCGUCCAAAUAUUUUUCUUUGGAUUUUUCAUCAUCACGGCAGGCUCGUUCGAUAUGAAAUUGAAGAAAUACCCUAUCCCGCGAUGCCACUUACCCGAGAUCCCCUGGAGGAAGCAUAUGAAUGUGUUAUACGCUUCAAGCAUGCUGAUCAUGAUCCGGUCUGUAUUCCGCUUGGUCGAGUAUCUGCAGGGGAAUAAUGGCUAUCUCCUGCAUCACGAAAUUUUCCUCUAUAUCUUUGAUGCGGUGCUGAUAUUGAUCGCCAUGGUGAUCUUCAAUAUCUGCCACCCUAGCGGAAUUGGGCAGCUGCUGGCUAAUGAAGCGGAUUAUGAACUGAAAGACACGUAUAGUGCAGUACCGAUGGCAGAUCCUGGAUCGGUGAUUGGUACAGUUGCAGCUGUUUUGCAACUAGCACAGACCGCUUGUAAAGCCGCCCUGGAGCUUUAUAACUUCUGCUCGGUUGUUCAGAAUGCACCCCAAGAGAUUAUCACCAUCAGCCGAGAUGCCCAUGCAUUCUACAUGACGAUCUCCAAUCUGGAAAGCUCCCUCCGCAGCGACACAGUAACAACAGUCGUAAGCAGAGACGCGGAGCUUAUGACAGCCUUAGAGACGCUGAAGAUCCCGAUUGAAAAUUGCUCCUUGGCGUGUGAAGCGAUUUUGGAGAAACUUCAACCACAUCUCCGAGUUGAUGGUUCCUCAUCUCAGGACACGACGAUAACUGAUACGACUGAUGUUACAUUACCAAUCCAACGAAGAUUCAGCCGUCGAAACAUGAUGUGGUAUUUCAAGCGAAAGGAAAUUAUUGCUUUGGCCGCGGAGUUGGAGCGAAGUAAAGCGACACUUGGGGGCGCUAUGAGGAAUGCAAUUUUUUUGGUUGCACUGAAAAUCCAUGCGGUCGUGGGCCCCGGUAUCAUAGUCCAAGGGAGCCUUGACACCAACGAUCUCGAUCCAUCUUUGACAGGACGCUCGGCAUCACAGAGUAUCGGCGAAUCCCGAGGACACUACCGAUUCAAGGACCUAGGGUCGGCGUUGACGGAAUAUGCUGCCCUGGUGUCUGAUCACCCCAUCGGCCCUUUCCGCAACUACGAGCUGGAAGGCUCGGCAACUAUAGAUCUGUGA